AACUACUGGAACAGAACUUAAAUAGCGCCCUCAGACAAAUCAAACAUUAUAUUUGCUGACACGAAAUGGAAAACCUGCGGAGCGACCGCCGACCACCGACUGGUGCAAAUUAAACAUCUUUCAUGAGGUUGCUGGAAUCUGUAUCUGUAUCAACGUUGGCUUGUCCAACUAACAUUUUCUUCUCAGUUUUAUAACGUACAAGUGUUUUGCAGUCAGGAGAUAAAGGGAUGUUACUUGCUGCAUGGUAACUCUACUCUGUCUUGACCCUGCUCUACUCAAAGAAAACUCCUAAAAGGCUGUGCUUCCGCUCUGAAACACCAAAUCACAUUUCUUUCUGCUUGCUAGAAGAUCCACGACGGGUAGCAAGCAGAGUUCUUCCUCACAUUCUGGAGCUGAGGGGGAUGAUUCAGAAGAAGAGGAUCCAGUCAUGGAACUCUCACACAGCCUUCUACUCAAUGAAGAGGCCUUAGCUCAGAUUGCAGACUCCAAGAAACCCAUCUUUAUCUUUGAAUGGCUACGUUUCCUAGACAAGGUCCUCAUAGCUGCCAAUAGGUCUGACAUCAAGGAAUCGCAGGCCAAGCUGCUCAAGCAAUUGACUGCCCAGAUAUCGCAGUCUCCUGGCCCACCGACCCGCAAGCUUCUAGGCAAAUGCAUUGCUACCAUCUUCCAAGUCGGUGAUACCUUGGCGCUCUACCAGACCACAAACUUCUGCAAUGACAUCAUUAAGAGCAAGGAUGACUCCCCAAGUUAUCUGCCAACUCGAUUGGCUGCUGUGGCUGUGUUGGGUAAGAUGUAUCAGAUGUUGGGACGUCUCACAGGGAACUCUUAUACAGACACCAUCCAAAGUCUUAUCAAGGCUCUGAAAAAUGCAGAGUCAACGGGUCGCUGUGAGAUAAUGCUCUGUCUACAGAAAAUCCUCUUAGGACUUGGCAGUGUAACCCAGCCUCAACACAGAGAUAUCUACAAAGCAGCACGUAAUGCCCUACAGGAUAGAACCAUGGCUGUCAGAGUAUCUGCUGCAAAGUGCCUGGAGCAGCUUGCAGGGGAAGCUUCAUUCAUGAUAACAUCUGAGCUAGAGAACAUAGUGUCUUCAAGCUUCAGAGCCCUAGAUGGUUCUAACUAUGAUGUACGCAGUGCUGUGGCUCAGCUGCUUGGUGUUCUCUUAGCUCGAGCACUCACUCAUCCCCCUCCAAGAGACUCUAAGGCCAAGCGGCUUUCCAAUGAAGAUAUCCUUAACCUGCUGGCAUCAGGCUUUGUGAAGGGUACGUCUGGUUUCCUCAAAGGAGGGUCUGGAGAACUACUCAAGGGAGGAGGAGGCAUGGUCAAUAGAGAGAUCAGAGUUGGAGUUACUCAUGCUUAUGUUGUGUUGGUGAAGACCUUGGGUGGUCUUUGGCUGGAGCGUAACCUGUCCCUCUUCAUGGAACAUGUCCUAGGUCUGGUAGCAAGCCCCAAGGCUACUCAGACCCAUGUAGAUGCUGUCUACUCUAGACGCUGUGUGACCUUCAUCCUACAGUCUACCCUAGGUCAGAUGCUAGGAGAGAAAGCUCAGGUGUCUGCUUGUAAGGAGCUCUGUAGGAUCAUUGCCAAACAGAUGAAUGCUGUGGAUCCUGUGGAAGGAGGGAAUGAUAGCAAAGGAUCUGAUGUGUUUGUGAGUCAGCAUGUAUUGAUCUGUGCCCUGCAGGAGUUAGGGAGCCUGGUGAGGACUUUAAGUUCAUGCUCUGCUCCACUCCUGGGAGAAUCAUCAGCUAAUAUGUGUUACACAGUGCUGUCUGUGCUCCUGCACCCUAGCCCAGCGGCUCGGUUAGCUGGUUCUUGGUGUGUACGCUGUAUCUCUGUAGCACUGCCGUCUCAGUUGACCAGGAUGUUAGAUGGUUGUAUGGAGAGGAUGGAUAAGUACAAGAGCUCUCCUGAGGCUGUGUCUGGAUACAGCUUUGCUAUUGCUGCCAUGCUGGGUGCUGUCAGAAGCUGCCCGUUAGGAAUACCUCAUGCAAAGGGAAAGCAAGUAUUCAGUAUGGCUGAGGAUCUCCUGAGGACAGCCUCACAGAACAGUCGCAUGUCACUGCACCGUACACAGGCUAGCUGGCUCAUUCUAGGCUCUAUCAUGACAUUAGGCACUCCUGUUGUACGGAAUCACUUGCCCCGCCUCUUACUUCUUUGGCGUAAUGCCUUCCCACGAUCAUCUCGUGAGAUGGAAUCUGAGAAGGCACGAGGGGAUGCUUUCACCUGGCAGGUUAUGCUGGAAGGACGAGCUGGAGCGCUAUGUGCCAUGCAGAGUUUUAUCCGUCAUUGCCCAGAGCUGAUCAGUGAUGAUGUCGUCAGGAGGCUUAUGACCCCUCUGGAAUGUGCUAUGUCAAUGCUAUCUGAGAUCCAUGAGGUGAUCAAGUCUUAUGGAGCUCACUUGAAAGCUUGCGCUGCUAUGGUUAGACUCAGACUCUAUGAAGUACUCAGACAGCUGCCACCUAAAUCAUAUGAAGGGAGCUUCAUUCCUCUGUUACGAGAGCUGGUUGCCGAGUUCACACUGACAGACAACCCAGCUAACACUACUACAUCUCGCCUGCGCUCCCUCUGUCAUGAGAAUGAUUCCAUCAUCCUAGGUUCCUGGAUCCAGGAUACAGAUCACAAGUCAGUAGAGCUUCAGCUACAGCCAAACAGUGCAUCAGGAUCAGGAGCACUAGAGCAUGAUCCAUCAUCUCUCUACUGGGAGAUCGGUCAUGAGGAUGAGGUGCCAGGACCCCUGCCUCUAGGAGUGGCUGUCAUAGAUGCCUCUGUGACCCUCUUUGGAGUUGUGUUCCCUCAUGUUGCGGACAAACAUAGGAAUAAGAUCCUAGAACACUUCCAGGAUUGUAUUCAGAAUGCUAAAUCAGCCAGACAACAAGCAGUACAGAUCAAUAUCUUCACCGCUGUACUUAGUGCACUCAAGGGCCUAGCUGAUGCCAAACAAAGACUUGUAAACACCAAGGUUAGAAAUGCUGCAUACGCUUUGAUCAUGGGUGCUCUUAACAAUGGCAACCCCAUCCUGAGAUGUUCGGCAGGGGAAGCCUUGGGUAGAAUGGCUCAAGUUGGAGGGGAUAAUACCUUCAUUGCUCAGACUGCUCAGAUGUGCUUUGAUAGAUUAAAGACGGCUCGUGAUGUGGUAUCAAGGACUGGUAACUCCCUAGCUUUGGGAUGUCUUCACCGUUAUGUAGGUGGUAUGGGGGCUGGUCAACAUCUCAAUACCAGCGUUAGUAUCCUUCUUGCUCUAGCUCAAGAUAUAACAUCUCCUGAAGUUCAGAUGUGGGCAUUGCAUGCCCUAGCUCUGAUAGCAGACACUGGAGGUCCUAUGUUCAGAUCUUACGUGGAGCCUACCCUCUCACUGGUCCUGACCCUUCUACUGAGUGUACCGCCCUCUACAGUUGAGGUUCAUCAAUGCUUGGGACGAUGCUUAGCAGCUCUCAUCACAACCCUAGGGCCAGAGCUUCAGGGUAAUCGAGGUAACAUAGCCACAGCGAGGACAUCGUGCUUAGUAGCCUGUGCUAUCAUGCAGGAUCAUCCAGACUCAGUGGUUGGAGCAGAAGCUAUAGCAUGUCUUCAACAGCUUCACAUGUUUGCACCUCGUCAUGUCAAUCUAUCAACUCUUGUUCCUGAUCUUUGUACUGCUUUAGGAAGUGUUCAUCUGUUAUUGAGACGUGCAGCGGUGGCGUGUUUACGACAGCUCUCCCAACGUGAAGCCAGAGAGGUGUGUGAGUAUGCCCUACAGCUGGCUAAGACUGAGAAACAAAAUGUGACUGUACAAGGUGCCAAGUCAGAUGCAAUAAUUACUGAAACGGGUUUGGAAGGUCUACUCUUCACCAUGCUAAACAAUGAGACCGAUGCUAAGAUGUUAUCCAAUAUUCAUGAUACAUUAAUCAGUAUGUUACAUGAACUAGUGAUGGAGAACCUAGCAGGAUGGCUUACUCUCUCUAAGGCUGUCCUCUCAGCUUCUACAGAUUCUGAUUCCAUGCCGACACCAAACAAGUCAAGGGAGGAGAUUGAGGUGGAUGAUGAGAAGACUAAAAUGGAUGAAGAUGUUGCAACGUUUAAAGCUCCUGACAAGAUUGACACUCAUCCAACAGUCCCUCCCAGAUGGCCUACAAGAGUGUUUGCAGCAGAGAGUGUGCGUCGUGUCAUUCAGAUCUGUGAUGGUAACACGGUACACUUUGACGUAGCUCUAGCAAGGGAGAUGAGAGUCAAGACUACUACAAACAACUACCUAGUGUUGCAUCUGUCGGACCUGGUGCGUACAGCAUUCAUUGCUGCUACAUCAGAGAGUAACCAACUGAGGAAAGCAGGUCUACUCCUGCUUCAGGAUAUCAUCAAGCAGUUUGCUAGGGUACCUGAACCAGAGUUUCCUGGUCAUUACAUCAUGGAACAAUACCAAGCACAGGUGGGUGCUGCUUUGAGACCAGCCUUCUCUUCAGAAACCCCAUCUGAUGUCACUGCUAUGGCAUGUCAGGUUGCUAGUGCGUGGAUUGGCAGUGGGGUAGCACAUGAACUCAAUGACCUGCGUAGAGUUCAUCAGCUGCUUGUAUCGUCCCUGGACAAGCUGAAAGUAGGAAAGGGCGCCCCCCUGCAGCUUUAUAGUGAGAGUGCAUUCACCAUGGAGAAACUGGCUGUCAUCAAGGCCUGGUCCGAGGUAUACGUAGUAGCCAUGAAGCAGUACAUGUCACCCUCUAGUAACUCUAAUACCAACGGAGAGGACUACUCCACAGAGAAACCUUCAGACAGUCUAUUGACCCUGGUCCAGCCUGAGCUCAAAUCUCUCAACAAGUAUUGGUUAGCUGCUCUGCGGGACCACGCCCUGCUGGCCUUACCGGAAGACUUCACCAGUCAGUUACCUCCAGAGGGCGGUGCCUUCUACAAUGCGGAAGCCACCUCCACCACCAGGCCCCAUUACCUCAAGGCUUGGGCUCCCAUCGUCUACGCUGCAGCGCUGUGGCUGGAUGCUGGAGGGUUCCAGGUGAUAGAAGAAAACAGUGAUGGUAGUUAUACCAGUCCAGCUAACAGUGGUCCUAUGCUACCAGGUAUGGCUGUCAUACCUACUGGUAAUGCUGCCUCCAUGAAGAAACCAGAAGAAAUCAAGAGUGAUUACUUCCACCUUAUGAUUGGUGUUUGUGUUGAGAAUCUGUCUAAUCACCGUGCCACCGAGCCCCUUCAGAACAUUUCAUCCUGUCUUCAAGCCAUCCAUACCCUCCUGGAUGACCUCUGGCCUCGAAGACAGCUCGUCGCUGACCCCUCACUACCCAUAGAGCUUCUCAAUGUGUUGCAUCGUCUACUGCUGACCAGAGAGAAUCUCUCCACUCACCUUCAGGUCAUCAGUGUGGUCAAGCAGGUUAUUAAAGCCAUGCAGGAGAAGAUAGAGGGACAACGCAAGGUCAAAGGUGAGAGUAUUGAAAACAAGGAGAAGUCUGAGAAUGAGAAGGAGAACCUAGACUGGGAUUCUGACAUCGGUGAAGGUGGGACAAGUGGAGAGGUGGUCCCUGGCAAGUCGGUGGUCUUUGCUACCUUAGAGGUGUGUCUCUGCAUCCUAGUCAGGCAGCUGCCCGCCCUCAACCCAUCAGGAGGAGCCAGUGCAGCUUCUAUACAUAGCUACUCUAAGAAUGCAGGACUAUCUGAUGAAGCUAGUCAUCUUAUCUCAGCUACAGUCCUCAUCAUGGCUGAGCUACCGUCACUCUGCUCACCAGCAGGAAGCGUAUCAGUAUUACCCACAAUCCUCUGCCUAACAACCAACGUCCUUCGGGAGACGGCCGAGCCCUCUCUUGAUGGUAAGAGUGCUCCAACGGUCACAUCGUGUAUGCAGGCCCUGCGUUCCCUGGCUACCUGUUCCUUUGUCAAGGAUCCUAGAUGUGCUAAUGAUUGGGAGAAGUUUCUUCAGAGUACCCUGGCUACUAUCCUCGAUUACUCCAACCCAGACAAAGACAAGAUGGAGGUUGAUAUGUGCAGUGUUCUGUUAGCUGUGGCAGUGUUCAUAGCAUCAGCUCCUCCCUCUGUCUCAGCUGUCUCAUCUCUUCAGGCUCAGGGAGUUGAUCUCUUCUCUAAAGCACUCAAAUCAGAAGACCCUGUGGUGAAGUUGAAGUGUCUUCAGAUGGCAGCGUCUAUCUUUCAGUGUCCACACCAUGAUGUCUCCACACCUUACAUCCAUGCCCUGGGCCCAAGACUGGUAGAGUACCUACAAUCCACUGCUGGUAACAUACCCCAGAAUGAUGAAUCGGUGGCGGUUAUCAUUGAAUCAAUACGUGUUCUGGAAAUACUGGUUGGCUUAACCGAUGAAUCCCAUAGAGUGCAGAUGGUGGCCUUGCUGGUACCAAUCCUCAUCAGCUACCUCUUCUCUGGGGGUGACACCUCCACCAGCCAGCAACAACAGACCAAACAAUCAAGAGCCUUGCAUGAUCACGUCCUUCAACGUCUCAUCAAGACAGGUCAUCAGUAUCCUAAUGCCUUUAAGAGUGUCAUGGCUGCCUCUCCGGACCUCAAGACCAAACUAGAGACAGCUAUCCAUGCUAACCAGGCCUCCAACAAGGCUAAGCAGUCUUCAAGACAGCCAUCUAGACCCAAGACUUCAGCUCCUCCUAGCAUCAAGUUAAAAAUGAACUUUAGUAACUUCACUGGCUAGAUACAUGUAGGAGCAUCAGGAAUAGAAAAAGGCCAAACAUAGAUGUAGCUCUGUUUGGAAUAAUGAUACUUGUUGUAAUGAACAUGUAAUGUCUGGAACUCUUCUGUGGAGAUCCCUGUUGCUAUAAGCAUAUAGAGGGCAAGGUACUUAAAGGAAUUGUUUUGUUGUAAGUAAUCCAGUUCCCUGCCAAUCAGCCCUCAGUAUUUUAUACUGGUACGUGCAGUUUAAUCUUUGGGCUUGAGUGAGAGAGCACAAUUAAAAAUUCUUUCAAAGUUUAUUUAACCUGAUUUUAACCUUAUUUUAGUUUUUGAACAGAUGUGCCAUUGUCUUUUUUAUAGUUGUAAAGAUAGGAAUGCUAUGACAAUCACCAAAUGUAAUGUUCACAAAGUUUAUUAAAAGAACAGUUCUAUCAUUCAGCAUAGUAUAAUAUUUUGUUAGGUAGACGUUGGGGGGGGGGGGGGGGAUAUGUAAGAGGGCAUGAUUAGGUAUUGCCUAUGUGAUUAUACUUUCUGAAAACUGGUUAUGAUAAAUUAUUGCUAGAUAAAGCAAAAUACAAUGUACUAGUAUACCAUACAAGUAGUAUUUUGUGAGUUUUUACAAUGUGCAACUUAUUUCAAAAGAAAGUGAUGAUGAUAUGAUGAAUAUACUUUCGGCAAUUCUAUGCAAGUUAUAUUGCAGCAUAUCCUUUAUGAAAAACCUCUUGUAUAUAACCUACCCUCCUAGCUCAUAACAUGUGCAUUACCUAUAGUAUGAUGCUUGAAUACAUGACAAUAUAUAAUGGAAAAUGAUUCUAGUUUGUCAAUGGUGCUAUAGACAUUUCAACAUACCAACACAUUUGUUUGUAGAUAGUGGCCCAAAUUCACAAAGGAGGUUUGUCGACAAAUAUGUUUUUUACAAACCUGGUUUGUAAAAACGUGUAAAAACGCGUCAAAUGACGCACGAAAACCAAGGUUUGUCGACAAACCUCCUUUGGGAAUUUGGGCCAGUAUGUUUGAGUGAUGUAGGAGUACAUGUGAAUAAUAACCGUCUCUAGUGUGCAUGUUAUUUACAUCUGCGUGGUUUUAAUAUCUGAUUAUUUGGUCUCAUUUCUUCAGUAUUACAGAGGGGUAGUAUAAAUGCAUACUAUAUUGAAAAGGUGAUGAUGCUAUGGGUAAAUACAUAGCUGACAGACAGACAACUACUACUACAGGCAGGGUCAAGGGAUAUCCAACCAGGUCUAUUAAGCCUUUCUGUAGGAGCAUCUUCAGAUACAAUUUUCUAAACUGAGUGGCUCUAAAAGAACACAACACCCGAGUUGUCAUUGAUGUCAUUGUUUUUUUGUUUUAUUGGCGAGAACAUUCUUUUUGGAGUAAAGAGACACAAAAUUACAUAAAAUGCAGCAAUGUCAUUUUUAUAAUGUGCUAUUUUGCUAUCGUUUUCCUGCCGAAAGCAGCAAGAAAUAUGCGCAUGAUGGCUACCCAUACAUUUACUUGUGUUGACAAAGGCAUGACUGCUCUACAAUCCAAAUAGCCUUACCCAAAAUUGAUGAUUUGGGUUUCUUUUUUACUUUUCUAACCAAUAAAACAGAAACCAAUCUAUGAUGUUGUUGAACUUGUAGAUCUCAGGUUUUGCAUUCUUUUUGGGGCACCCUGUAGAAUUUGUAUUUGUUAUCUAUCCAUAAAAACAGCCGCAAGUGUGAAUUUCAAAAAGUUUUUAACAGUGAACAGAAUUCCUACCACCCCAAUGUGAAAUCACCACUACCAAUGUGAAAUGGAUCGUACAUUUUCAAAGAUUUUGGAUACCGUAGUCCAUUUGAAACAGGGUGUUGUUGUAUUUGAAUAAAGAUUAAAACUAUAUUAAUACUGCACAAUUGGAGGGAUCAAUUCAAAGCACCUGAGAAAUAAAAAAGCUAUUAAUUAAUAUUUGAUAUUGGUCUAAUAUGGAUGAAAAUAUUUUGGUCUAAACACAAGUAGAAUGUAAAACUGCCUUCAAUUUGACUCCAAUUGGUUGACAUUUGGCUUGAUUUUGAUUGUGUAGGAAGUGUGUGGUAUACGAUUAAUUCCAAGGUUCCAAACCAAGGGAUGAUAAAUGUAUGCUUAACUUGAUGAAAGUGGAUAAGAUGCUCAUGUGUCAUUGAUUUCUAUUCUAAGGCCCGUUGCAAACUCAAAAAGAGCAGACAAAGAUGUUACAAAUUGAUUUCAAAUGAAGUAAUUAAUAAGUGUAUUGAAGGAAUCGUUUUACCACAGGUAGUCUUUAGACUGAAAUAUCAAAUUCUUAUAGCUUUAUUUUCUGUCCUGAAAGUGAUGAAAGGAAGUCUUAAAAUAUAGAAGAAAAGUAAUUUUAAGGGUUUAUGGAUUUACAUGUAAAGACUGUCACUGAAUACUUUUCUCCAUCUUGUAUCGAUAUGGGCUGUAUUAAAGACAAUCUUACAUUUCAUCCGAGUUAUUAUCAUAAAUCAACGUCAAUCUUACAUCACAUGUCAGUACGUUCAUGGUUGGUUUAGGUUGGUUUGCCUCACAAGUGGUUUUCUUCACACACACAUGAAUAAGCAGUAGAUGACAUACAUGUAACCAUGUAAUGAUUCUCUCUCUGCAACAGUGUUGGUAGCAACCUUGAAAGGGAAAUCCUCCCAAAUCCAUUGGCAUUGGAGAUUAUCUUCUUAGUUCUUACAUACUUAUUUACGCCCAUACCGUACAUAUAUACAUACAAUUGUUUGUUAUAUAGCUCAAAAUCCGACGAAAUAUAGUACAAUGUUACUUUACAUCAACUAAUCAUACACAGACAAAGAAAAUUAAAAAAAUUAUUCUUAAUGACAUGAAGGGUUCAUUUUCAUCUUUAAAAAAGACUGAUAUUUAAGAAUUAUAAGAUGCAGCAUUCAAUGAUAUUCAAUCCCCUCGCUGUGGGAAGAUUCAAUAUUGUUAAACUCAAAAUAUCUUUGCAUUGUAGUAAUGUCCCAAAUAUGAAUAUUGAAUUUGUUCGUCAGACAAAAAAUCUAAAACCAAGCUUUUCUAAGGCUAUGUAUAGAGCCAUUUGAGUGCUUAUGCUAGUGCAUCAUAGACCGUGAUUUUACAUAUCAUAUGAUUGCAAAUAAUGACUUGUAAUGACUAAGAUACCGUAUGAUGUACAUUUAAAGUUAUCUUGUUAAUGCUUGUAAAUUGUAAAUUGACACAAAGAAAUGAAAGUGUAAUGAAUGUAUUAUUUCCUGUGUAUAGUAUAUGCUUUUAAUAUAUUGUGCAACUCAAAGUGAGGAUGUCAUGUGCAUUGCUGGAUAAUUUAGCUUAAGCUUGGUAGUUGUAAUUGCUGAGGAAAAACAUAAUAAAACGAAACAAAAUGAAUAUAAUGUCAACAAUUUAUCAUGUAUAUUAUCAAUGUUGGAAUAAAGGUAUCUUUUGUGAACCAUA